UGUUUGGUGAGAUAAAAACGACUCGUCACCUUAAUAAGGAAUUUUUGUUCUUUGUGUCACAGCUGCUGCCAACCGUACAGACCCAGUAUUCGAUACUCUGAGGACUGGAGUUGUUAUGGCAAAUAAGGAGAGAAAAAAGGGACAAGACGACAAGAAAAAUCCUGCGGCUAUGAUUGACGAGGAGCCUGAACCCCCCAAACCAGAAGAAGGCAAGCAGGAAGGAGAUUCUCCUGAUGGUGACAAGAAAGGUGACAAAAACCCACAGGAUGCAAAGAAUAAGAAGACACAACCAGGGUUUAUGCAAUCUCAUUAUUUUGUUGCUCUUUACCGAUUUAAAGCACUAGAAAAAGAUGACCUUGAUUUCCAGGCUGGAGACAGAAUUACAGUUAUUGAUGACUCCAAUGAAGAAUGGUGGAGAGGAAAGAUAGGGGAGAAAGCCGGCUAUUUACCUGCUAAUUUUAUCAUCCGGGUGCGUGCUGGGGAAAGAGUUUACAAAGUCACUCGGUCAUUUGUUGGAAACAGAGAGAUUGGACAGAUUACAUUGAAGAGAGAUCAGAUCGUUGUUCAAAAAGGAGAGGAAGUAAACGGUUACAUCAAAGUUCUGACAGGCCGUAAGGUGGGGCUCUUCCCUGUAGACUUCCUGCAAGAAAUAUGAAGAAGCGUAAGAAUGGAGAGCCACUAUCUAACAAAACCAAUGAAGCAGAAUGUAAUGCUCAUUAACGUUGUGAUUGCAGCCACUUCUGAGCACUUGAGGGAUUUACUGCUCAGCUGGAGACCAGAGAUGUUAGUUAUUGUUAC